AUGUCUGCCGGCGAUAUGCAGGACGAGCAGCUCAAGGAGGCUCUCGUCACCUACGAGAAGCUCCAGGCCAUUGAGGAUGACUUUGAGGAUGUCGAGCUUGAGAUUCUCCGCCAGCAGGAUAAGCUCACCCGGGACCUCUACGUCCGCCGUCAGGAGGUCAUCGCCAAGAUCCCCCAGUUCUGGCCCCUCGUCUUCGAGCAGGCUCCUCCCGAUGUUGACGAGUACAUCCAGCCCAGCGACUCUGAGCUCCUCCUCCAGGCCCUCACCAACCUGACUGUCGAGCGCUUCGAGCUCCCCAAGGGCGACCCCCGCAGCAUCUCCCUCAAGUGGGAGUUCAAGGAGAACGACUGGUUCGAGGACAAGGUCAUUGAGAAGAAGUUCUGGUGGCGCUACCACAAGGACGGCUGGGCCGGCCUCGUCUCCGAGCCCGUCGACAUCAAGUGGAAGGAGGGCAAGGACCUGACCAACGGCAUGCUGAGCCUGGCCAAGAAGGUCUACGACGAGGAGAAGGCCGGCAAGACUGGCGAGACCGAGUCCUCCAAGAAGCUCCUCAAGCUCAUGGAGGAGACCGGCAUGGGCGGCGUCAGCUUCUUCUGCUGGUUCGGCUUCCGCGGCCGCAAGGUCACCCCCGAGGAGUCUGAGGAGGGCCGCAAGCUCGAGGAGGAGAAGCGCAAGGCCCGUAAGGAGGGCAAGCAGACUGAGGAUGAGGAUAUGGAUGAGGACGAUGAUGAUGAGGAUGAGUACGAGCACGAGAUCUUCCCCACUGCCGACGAUCUCGCCGUCUUCAUCGCCGAGGACCUGUGGCCCGGUGCCAUCAAGUACUUCACCAACGCCCAGGAGGAUGACGAUAUCCCCAGCGAUAUCGAAUUUGAGGAGAUGGACGAGGAUGACCUCGAGGAUGAUGACAACCACCAGAACAAGAAGCGCAAGGCUUAG